GCUUUAUCGAAAUGAUACUCGCCGUCGUAUGUAUGUACAAGGUGAUUAUUGAGUCUAGCUCCUGCUGUCGAAGCAGGGCGAGUCAGUUCUACCUUGCUGCAGAACUAUUCCGUUCGAAACAUUUAUGUGCCUGGCAACAUGAAAAGCAUCCAUUCCCCAGUACUUGGUUAUAGGCCGCAGGUCGUCAACUUCCUUGUGGUUUGUCCAGUCCUCGACAAUAGGGCUCCUUCCUUGCUACUUCCAUUCCUCACUCUUUCUUCCAGCCAUGGCUGACGCUGCAGUCGAUACCGUGGCCCCUAAGGCCAGUGAUGAGGUUCCUAAGGACGUUUCCAAGGGUUCCAGUGCGGCGUCGCUGAACUCAGAGGAAGCUGACAAGAUUCGCUCUCAGGCCUUAGCCACCGAGAAAUCACGUCUUCCUUCUGAUUACUUCAAAAGUCCAAGAGUGAUUGGGAGCUUCGCGGGCACAGCUAUCAUUGUGGUGGCAACCUACUUCCAAUUCCAAGCCACCGCUGCUGUUCUCAGCACUGCCAUUCUUCAAGAUAUUGGACCAAGUGUCAACACGGCUCUUGUACCAACAGUGUGGACGAUCUCACAGCCCAUUUCUCUACUCUUAUUCGGCCGUCUCUCAGAUAGAUUCGGUCGAAGAGGAUUCGCUUUGGGCUCAUGUGUCCUCGCAAUCAUCGGUGCGAUUGUUGCAGCCACUGCGCAGUCUAUCGAGACCCUGAUUGGUGCUCAAGUCCUGAUGGGUAUUGCUUCUGGUGUUCCAGCAUCGUAUCCUCUCCUUGCUGGUGAACUCAUGAGCAACAAGGAGAAAUACAUUGGAACGGCAAUCGUCGUUGUGCCAAACGUCAUUGCAACUGGCUUCGGUGCUUAUAUCGGUUUACGGCUAGCAGUUGUAGCUAGUUGGAGAUGGAUCUAUUACAUCUUCAUCAUGAUGCAAGUUCCUGGUUCUCUCCUAUGGUUCUUCUUCUACCACCCACCAUCGUACGUACAACUUCAUGGCAAGAAAUCUAGCAAGAUCGACGAGUUGAAGAAGAUCGACUUCAUUGGAGUCUUCCUUCUCACGGCUGGCCUGGCGCUCUUUUUGCUUGGUAUCUCAUGGGGUGGGCCAGCCCAACCCUGGUCUUCACCCAAAAUCCUUGGACUUCUCAUAUCGGGAGCUGUCGCCUCGGUCUCCUUCAUUCUCUAUGAGGUAUUCCUUACGCCGGCUCAGCCAAUUAUCCCCAUGCGAUUCUUCCGUGAUCUUCGCGGAUUCACUUGCCUAGAAAUUAUCUCUGCCACUUAUGGUAUUAUGAACAUUGCGCUUUUCAUCAUGUGGCCUCAGCAAGUGUCCUACAUUUUCGGCUCUACGGUGUCCUCGUGGGAGGAGUCCGCUUGGCUGUCUACGACUGCGGCGUUCGGAUUGUGGGGAGGUAUCGUUUUGCUCGGCCCCUUGAUGCACUAUAUCAAGCAUAUCCGCUACCAGAUCAUCGUCUCAAGCAUUUGGAUGACUGCCUUCCUUGGUGCCAUGGCCAGCAUCACAGUCGACAAGAAGGGUCAAGCCAUUGCUUUUAGCUUUCUGGGUGGCCUUACCAUUGGAUGGGGUGAGGUAAUUGCUGCUAUCAUUGUGCAGUACGUUGUCUCAGACCAAGAUCUUGGUGUUGCCUUCUCUGUUAUCUCCGCAUCCCGCACCAUUUUCGGUUCCAUCUUCACCGCAGCUUUCAUCGCCGUCUAUGUCAACAAGGUCCCCGGAUACCUCGCAUCCACCGUACCAGAUGCCGUUGUCUCCGCCGGCCUUCCAUCCUCCUCUCUGUCCGACCUCAUGACCGCCGUUGCAGCAGGCACCCAGUCCGCUCUUCAAGCUGUCCCCGGAAUGAACGAGGCCAUCCUCCGCGCCACCAACAUUGCCGUCUCGACCGCAUACUCGAGAUCCUAUGCCUACGUCUACUACUUCGCCGUUGCUUUGGGAGGCGUGGCUAUUAUUGCUUCUGUUUGCCUCAGGGACUUCGAUCAAUACCUAACUGAGCACGUUAGCCGUCAAUUGUACCACAAGGCGGAGGCCAACACCGAUCCACUUGAGAAGGUCGAUAUUCAGGUCCUUAGGGACAACAGUGUGAGUGAGCCUGAGCACGAAAAGGCGGUUGCGUAGGCUGGCUCAGAAGGCCUGCCAUACCACUGCUAUAGGCAUGAUCGUUCACUAUCUGCGAGGUUACCAGAAACCCUACUACUGUAUAUUCAUGGCACCCGUCAUAGUCAUUAGAUACCACACCAUUAUACCUACAUUUACUAUCGUUAAUUCUAAUACUGAAUUGUGG